AAUCACGGUGGAGUGAUAAUCAACAUCACGGCCACUCUUCACCUGCGAGGUACCGGAUUCCAGGCACACGCCGGACCGGCCAAAGCUGCCAUUGAGGCCUUAUCACGACACAUGGCAGUUGAGUGGGGCCUUAAUGGGGUUCGAGUAAUGUGUGUGGCACCAGGCCCUAUUGAAGACACAGAAGGUUAUAGAAAACUAGGUGGCAACUAUAUAACUGAAGACUAUAUAAAGGCGAUUCCUGUACAGAGGGUGGGAACAAAAGCUGACAUCGGCCAUAUUUGUUUAUACCUCGUCACAGGGGCUGCCGAACUCCUCACCGGAACGACCGUGAUCGCGGACGGUGGCAUCCAUCUUAUUGACGAUAACAAUUAUUACAAAACAAGCGAAAUCAUCAAAUCUGGGAUGUUUAGAAAAAUGGCCUCUUCCAAGCUGUGAGAAUAACCAAUUUCAGAUAUACUAAACAUAACAAGAAAUGGAAAUACAGUAUUCAGCUUUAA